GUGUAUACUACUAAACGUUAUCAUAGUAAAACCAAUCUAGCAAUAAUAAACAGUUCAGUUCAGGUAUAUUUCUUUCAUUGUACUGACAUAAUCCGCUGCGGCGAGAUAGAAAACAUGGAGCUCGAGUCGCUUGAUAGUGAAAACAGUGCUUUUAUAGAAAAUGGACAAGUAAUUGGAAUUAAUGGUGAACUUGGAAAGAAAGCGGGAAAAGAUGGCGAAAGAAAAACAGAGCGUGAUAAUUGGGGGUCUCGUAUGGAAUUUCUGCUCGCUAUUAUAGGGUUUACGGUGGGGAUAGGAAGUAUUUGGCGGUUCCCAAUUUUGUGUGCCAGGAAUGGGGGCGGGGCAUUUCUUAUCCCUUUCUUUUUCUUUAUGAUAACAUGUGGUGGACCGUUAUACUAUCUUGAAGUAUGUCUAGGACAAUUUACGGGACAGAGUGCUGGAGCUGCGUUUGAAUUUUGUCCGCUAUUCAGAGGAAUAGGUUUUCUCAUGGUAAUGAUAUCGUUUGACAUACUCUGGUAUUACGUGUCUAUCAUGGGAUGGAUCCAGUACUACUUUGUUCAAUCCUUUCAAUCAGAGCUACCCUGGUCCACGUGUGGAAACUGGUGGAACACUGAAAACUGUAGAGAAGGAACAUUUCUAACAACUUCCGGUGUUAAUGACAGCGUUAUUGUAAAUUCGUCACUUCUGUACAAUAUUUCAAGUAACGCAACAUCUUCGGGAAUAUUAACGUCACCAGCUAAUGAAUUCUGGUUAUAUAAUGUUUUGCGGAAAUCGGACGGUCUUGAAAGUAUGGGUGCGAUACAAUGGCAUUUGGUACUCAGCAACUUUGUGGGUUGGGCGAUUGUCGUAGCGGCAUUGAUCAAAGGCGUCAAAUCUCUUGGAAAGGUUGUUUAUGUCACUGCCACGGCACCAUACGUGUUACUAACGGUUCUGUUAAUCCGAGGACUCAUGUUGGACGGGGCUGUAGACGGAGUUAUUUGGUAUAUAACACCAGAUUUUGAAAAACUUGCUUCACCUCAGGUUUGGUUAGAAGCUGCCAUACAGGUAUUUUACUCUCUUGGACCUACCUAUGGAGGAGUUAUAACAAUGGCGAGUCAUAAUAAAUUCCAUCAGAAGUCGAUUGUUGAAACAACCAUUUGCGUGGCAUCCGAUGCAUUUACGGCAUUCUAUGCGGGUCUUGUGGUUUUCACGUGUAUGGGGUUUAUGGCAAAGGAAGCUGGAACGACGGUAGAAGCUGUCGCCAAGGCAUCAGGUCCUGGACUUGCUUUUGUAGCAUACCCUGAGGCCAUCAGUCGGAUGCCUUUACCACAACUAUGGGCCGCCCUCUUCUUCUUCAUGCUUAUUACAGUUGCCUUUGAUAGCACGUUUGGUAUGUUUGAAACAGUAACUGGAGCGUUACUGGAUGUGUAUCCAAAACAACUGUUACCACGUAAAUAUUUUGUCUUAAUUGGAACGGCUCUGUUGUUGUUCUUGUUAAGUUUGCCACUCACAAUGAAUGGAGGAAUAUUUCUGUUCCAACUUUCUGACUGGUACAUAUCCGCAUUCGCUCUCUUGUUUGGAUCCGCUCUGGAAUGUAUAAUGGUAACCUGGAUCUAUGGAGCUGACAGAUUUGCCAAAGAUAUUGAGUUGAUGACAGGGCGACAAGUAUCAAAGAUAUUGAGGAUAUUUUGGUGUGUUGUCAUGACAGGAUUUCUCUCUAUAGCAUUCUUGAUAACUCUGGCGACAUACACAGCACCGAAUUACGGGGACGGAUAUGUAUACCAGCCAUACAGUUUAGCUAUAGGCGUGGCCAUGUCUGUUAUACCUUUUAUUCCAAUUGUUGUCAUCAUGGUGAAAGAAAUUGUGAACGCUGAAGGUUCAUUUCUAAAGAGAAUAGUUUCCUUGCUGUCUCCAUCUAAAAAAUGGGGACCAAUCGACCAUCAAGCACGAGAAAUAUACGAAUCUAAACCGUACAGAUACGAAGACACGCUCUGCAAAAGGAUUCGGGCAAAUGUUUUGGGGGACAAGUCUACGUCCUGGUUUUAACACGUCCUGGCUUAAACACGUCCUGGUUUUAACACGUUCGACUGUAAUCAUUAUAUCCAGUGAUAGUGUGUUCAAACACUGCUGUAAAUAAGUGUUACUGUGAAAAAUAUCGAUUGUAUAGCUCAAUGUAAAUAAUAUUAUUCUUUGUAUCAAAGUAUCAAAUAUUUAAUACAUGUAUAUCGGAGUAUAGAAAAUAUGUUGUUAUCGCUGCUUACUGCAAUAUGUAAACCAAUAAAAGUACUGCUUUGUCAGUUAAGUGAUGUUUUGAAAAUUAAAUCAAUUUUAACAUAAAUAGCCUGUUGUCAUAACUAAUAAAACAUCUCAGUCA